ACACCGUCCCGACAUUCUGGUAACGAGCAAAUACGGCGAAAUUGACCUGAACGCAGAGAGCAUGGAUCAUACAACAUGGGACUUCAGGAUGGCCAACUUUGGCAAUGGCCCGUCGGGACAGUGGCCGUCCGUUUCGAGACUCGACGCCGCACCAAGACGAUUCCGCCCCGUUGUUCAAAAACCGGGCUCGAUACCAGCGAGAUGACCGAAAAAAAAUGGGUUGAGGUGGCAAUUGGUCUCGCUCUUAGAGGAAGAGAAACGUCCGCCACAAACAUCUGCGUCAGCGUCAACUCCCCAGGAUGGGCUGCAGGAAACCUCGUCCGAAGAGGUCUUCUCGCCCGGGAGAGCCCGGUCUAAGGCAGGAGCAUCCAGGAGACCCUCUUCCAACAGAGUCUCGUCCGAAAGGGCCUCGGCCAUGGGAUCCUGCGUGGGUGGGCCAGGCGAUGCGAAAGAGAGGCAUGACCGCGAUACAUAAGAAUUACAAGUUUGGCAAAGAAUGCAACACUAAGGCAGUCUUUUUCUUCUACAACAAGAUCCACGGCUUCUGGGACGGCUCAGUCUAUACCCCAGACGGUGAACCGCUGCCAGAGGCGGACGCAAUCAUACGAGAUAUACUGAAAAGACAGGUCGUGUCCAAUGGCGAGCUCGUCCGACACACCGCGAAAGAAAGGAAGCAGAUGGCCAAAGUAAAGCCCUACAAAGUGCAAAAACAGACAACGGAGCGCAACCUGCGGCGCAGAAAGCCACCCGCGGAUGCCCAGCGAGCAUCGCACGCCUCUCCAGCCCUCACGCAGAUCACAGUUGCGGGAAGCGAGUCGGUACUUGGGGAUGGAGGCGCGAGCAUAUGGAGCGUGCCGGGUACCCCAGCGUCUCCGACCGUUGGACCGCUGGACAACUGCAAUGACAACGAACCCCACGAGCCCGAGGAUAACGACCUCGACGAAGAGAUAGCCCCGACUGGUCUUGCCGUUUCUACAGCCGAUCAUGACCGGGAUGUGCUCCGUCGCCAACAGGGGCCAGGCACAUCUCCACCUGCGACGGAACAGGAUGCCGAAGGUGAGCCCUAUGAGGCGGCAGACGGCGGCGCAGCUCUUACGCAUGAUGGCGCGGGCGAAUCAAUCCACUUCGAAGAGCCCCAUGAGCAGCCAACGCCUCACGAAAUCAGCGCGAUGAUGCCCGAUGACCCUUGGAUGAUGGACAUGGGCAUGGACAUGGCAGGCUUUCAGGGCACGGCGGACUUUGGCAUGGACUGCCUCAGUGAUCUGAAUUUUGACAUCGACAUGGCCAUGAACAUGCUCAGCAAUGUCGGCGAGCUGCAAGAACCCCUGGGCAGCCAUAGCCCAAAGGCGCCCACGGCGAGCUUGUCUGCGACCAGCACCGUUGCAUCAGCUGCAUCUCCUCAUGAAGCAGCUGGCGAAAACCGGCAGACCAGCAAAGCGACCACAACCGACGAGUCAGCGCCACAACAAGCUCCCGAACCGGACUGUUCGGCCACGGCCAAUCCCAAUCUCAACAACGAGACGACCAGAGCAUGGCAACCAGCGCCAACCUCCUCCGCACAUGCACAGCGGGCGGUGCGGCAACGAACGACCUCGACGGAAAUAAACAAUACGCCUGGCCGAUCCAAAACACCAAACCCGCCCGUCACUACCACCCAAAAGCCGUACCGCUGUACGCCGGAAGAAGUAAUGAUGGCCAUGCAACAAGCUUUAGUCGGCCUGAUCGCUGAAAGAGGCUGGAACUUGGGCCCCUACCAAGAUUUUGGCGGGGUAAGAGAACCUCAUCCACGACUAAACAUGUCGAUCCCCGUAAUAGCGUAAGUGAAAUACGAGGGGUGAGCGGAGAGGUGUCAAGUGGCGCGGGGUUCAUCAUUGAAUGGAGAAGCUGGUUCUGGUGCAGGGAAGUAAGUGGGGGAGGGGGAAAAAAAGAAAAGAAAUGAAAAAGGAAGGAAGGUGUAGGGUAAUUAGUACUUGGGCUGAUGCAAACCCGAUGGGCGCGCGUUCACUUAAAGGGCUCAGUCAAGGUGACACAAUAAAUGAUCGAGCAUUAUUACAACGGGAUGUAUUUUAAGAAAGAAAGAGAGACCAUGGUUGCUCAAAGUUUCCACCGAUUGAUUGAGACCAUCUUGACCGGUCAAUAAAGAGCUUGACACGGGGACUGUUAUCCCGCGCAUAAAAUGCCCUCACCUGUGGGC